AUGGAUACGAGUCAUCAGAUUUACCCUCGAAAACCUCGCCGAAACCAGCGGAGGAGCCGCAAAUCGGCGGGAGAUUCUUCGAGGCGGGCGGUUUUGGUUUCCUGCGGCGUCCCGGACGUUCCCGACGACGCGGAGUGCGUGGCGGAUCUCGCGGCAUUUCCUGAGCUGGCUACGCGCAGCGGUGCUCUCCCUCCUCUCACCCUACUCUCACCCUCCUCUCACCCUACUCUCACCCUCCUCUCACCCUCCUCUCACCCUCCUCUCACCCCUCCUCUCACCCUCCUCUCACCCUCCUCUCACCCUCCUCUCACCCUCCUCUCACCCUCUUCUCACCCUCCUCUCACCCUCCUCUCACCCUCCUCUCACCCUCCUCUCACCCUCCUCUCACCCUCCUCUCACCCUGUGCUCUCUUGCUGCGGCCACGUGCGGAUCGUGAAAGGCAGAAUCUACUUCCGUUUCGGCGGCUUCGAGUUCGACUGGUUCAAGAUGCGCCGCUUCCUCUUCUCGAUCCUCAUGAUCAAAGAAGCCAUCGCACGCUACAGCCUCCAUUCCCUCACCGCCGAAUUCUUCAUCAACACGUGCGACGCGCACAUCAGCAAAGCCUCAUCUGUCGCAAACCGCCGUGCCGGCCUCCCCAUUUUCAGCACGCACGGCUCCAUCGGCAGCAUCGACAUCCUCUACCCGGACCGCCCGCGAAUGCGCCUCCACCGCAUGUCAGACGUGCGGCCAGACCUGAUCGACGCGAGGCUUGUGAAGGGAGUGGACCCAGUGUUUCUAGAUGAGCUGCGGGAGGAUGGGAUUAAGAUGGGGGGUCGACUCGGUCCGGCGGAGUUGCAAGCGUUCAACACUUCGUCCCCAACACACCGAUACUUCGAUGAUUUAUUCGAGCGGAUUGAGUGGGCUCGGGAUCAUGACCUCAAGGCGCAGCAGAUUGUGAAGCAGGCCAAUCGGCUUGCAAGGGACGUGUGUACAUGGGAGGGCCGGCGUCUCUACUGGGCGAUUCUCCUCGCGAAAUAUUCCGCCAGCGCGCUCGAGGAUCCUGCCAACGUAACCCGCCCGGCUGUCUUCAAAUGCACGGUCCCUCCAAUCCAAGGUGACGUGGUGAUGCACGGCAUUCGCUCCAAAGAGAAGCCGGAAAAAUGGUACCCCAGGUGUGGUCUCCAGAGGAAGAUGAGGGGCAGUCCCUGUGUACCCACUGGUGCUCAGGGCGUUUGGAAGAGUCCAAGUGGAAAUGGCUUAGUGCCGACAUUCUGA